AUGGUAGCGUAUACUGGAGACUCGGACCCCAGCGAUCAUUUAUCCAGUUUCAACCGGGUAAUGAUAGUUAUGAGGGUCAGCAACGAUGCCAAAUGUCUAUGCUUUCCGCUAACAUUAAGCGGUUCCGCUGAGGAAUGGUUCAAAAAGUUGGAACCAGGAUCAGUGGACUGCUGGAACAAGUUGCAAGUCAGCUUCUGGAGACAAUUUGUCGCAGCGAGAAAGAUUAAUCUCGAAGUCACCGCAUUGACUAACAUAAAGCAACAACCCGCAGAAACCUUGAAGAACUUUAUAAAAAGGUUCAAAGAGGAGGCUUCAAAGACCAAGAAAGUAGAUGACGGACAACAGCUUGCACUGCUUCAAGCUGGGAUCCGUAUGGGGACCCCAUUCUGGAAUGAAUUACAAUAG